AUGAUCCGGAGGCUUGGGGAAUCGCAAGCCGGGGCACAGGCGGGAGAUCUGAAGCUGGCUGAGCAAGCGCAACUGUCCGAAUACAGGGAAGAGGCUGAGGAGCAGAACGCCCAGCUCCUGCUGGUGCAGGAAGAAGCGGAGGAGUUCGAGGUCCUUUUCCAGCAGAUGCAAGACGACCAUUCCGUCGUCGCAGAACAAGAAGCCGCUCUGCAGCAGGAGCUCGCGCAGCAAGAGCGCCUUUGCGCCGAGUACCGAGCAGAGGCUGCGGAGCACGCGGCGUGUGCCUCCCUGGUGCAAGAGGAGGCGGAGGAGCUCGAGGUGCUGUGGCAGAAGAUGCAGCACGACCAUUCCAGCGAGCUGGCACUGCAGCGAGCGGAGCUGCAGCAAGCGGAGCUGCGUUGUGGAGGUUUGGAGGAGGAGGUCGUGCAGGAGAGCUUCUCCUUGGGCCGGGAGACCUCGCGAGAGGUGGCCGCAUCCGAGGCGCAGCGGGCAAAGGAGACUUGGACAUGUGCCAAAUGGAGCUCGGCGCGGCAGAGGAUGAGGUGCAGAGGCAGCUGCUGGAAGAAGCGAGGCGGAGCCAGGGCGAGUUGCUAA